AUGGCAGCUACAUUAAAAGAUCUUGAAGGAUGGAAAAUUAUCAUGAGAGAUGAGAACAACAAUAUUAUUGACGAAAAUAAAAGAAGAUCUAGAAGAAGAAAUGAGAAUAUAACAAUAGAUAUUACGAGGGAUUCUGAUGGCGUAAGUUUUACAAGAGGAGAUAGCAUUAUAACAAAAGAUAAAAAUAUCAGUGCAGAUCUUGGUUCUUACUCUGUGUAUUAUAUCCAUGACAUCAGAUUAAAUACCAUGACAUCUGUAGUUGAGUUGAUUGCAAUGACUUAUUUGAGGUGGUUUGAAAUUAAUCCAUUUAAUUAUUAUUCCUAUUUCGAGAAAAGUACAUUUGAUAACACUAAGAGUAUUGACUAUUAUAAAGAUAGAUUUAAUGAAGAGGUCGAUAGAAACCAAUUAUAUCUUACAGCAGAGCUCAAAGAAAUAUCACUGAAAGAGUUUACCCAAUUAGCCAAUAUACGCCCUGUUUCAGAUUGGAAAGAUGAGUUAGAAACAAAAGUCAUAAAUCGCGACUUUUCAGUACGUUUCUUAUGUGAUCCUGACUCAACGAAUUUUAUUGAAAUUGAUUUUGAAAAAUUACGAAACAAAAUGCUAACUCAAGAACCGAAAGCAGCAGUUCAAUAUUUCAAAAAAAUCUCAAUUGGAGGUGUUGACGCUGUUAAAGGAAAGCAAUUGGCUACAAAAAGUAAAGCAGAUCCUGUUAAAGAAGUAUCUAUCCGUGAAAUAAAGGUGGAAUCAGACUCUGAAAAUAAUCUCAGUUUAUCAGAAGAGGAAGAAGAAGAUGAUGGUGACGAUAAUGAUUAUCAUUCGGAUUACGAGGAAAAUAAAGGCGCUGAGGAUGUUGAGGGUAUCGAGGAUGAAAAUACUCCAUCUGAGUUAUCAGAUAGUGAAAAUGACUGUGCGAACUCUGAUGAGAAAUUGAUUUCAGAGGAAGAAUAUGGUGAGAGCAAGAAAAGCACACGAACUACAAAAAAGCGUAAGAUAUCUGAAGUUAAAGAACCAAAAAGUUCUAAAAAAAAAAUAAAAGCAACAACACCACAGUAUAGAACAGCUAAGAUUAAAAGGUUUACAAAGAAGAAUGUUGAUCGUGCCAGAAAAAAAUAUACUCCAUUUUCAAAGAGAUUUAAGAAUAUUUCCGAUAUACCAGACCUUACUAAAUAUGCAGAUUUCAAUCAAUCUAACUUGGAUCUACAAAUGGCCAAUUAUGAAGCCAAAUUAACAGCACCAACCAAUUCAAAAGUAGUUGAAACAAUUUUUUCGAAAAUUAAGAAGCAACUUUAUUCUUCGCAUGGAAGAGAAAAAUUAAUUGAUAAUAAUGACUUUGAUGCUUAUAUACCAGGACGUGGCAAAGAUUUUGCUACAAUCUACCUGAGUUUAUAUACUGCUAUCGAAGCUGGAACCGCCUCGACGGUGUAUAUCGCUGGUACACCAGGUGUUGGUAAAACAAUGACUGUGAGAGAAGUUAUUAAGGAACUUCAGUCUUCUAUGUAUCAAGAAGAACUUCCAGAAUUUCAAUAUGUUGAAAUAAAUGGUUUAAAGAUGGUGAAGCCUACUGAUAGUUACGAAGUUCUGUGGAAUAAAAUUUCAGGUGAGCGAUUGACUUGGGGAGCAGCUAUGGAAUCAUUAGAAUUCUACUUUAAUAAGGUUCCAAAACAAAAGAAGAGAGCUGUCGUUGUUUUACUUGAUGAAUUAGAUGCAUUAGUGACGAAAGCACAGGAUAUUAUGUAUAACUUCUUUAAUUGGACUACCUACUCAGAAGCUAAAUUAAUUGUUAUUGCAGUCGCCAACACGAUGGAUUUACCGGAAAGACAUUUAGGUAACAAAGUCUCAUCCAGAAUAGGUUUUACUAGAAUCAUGUUUACAGGUUACACUCAUGAAGAGUUAAUAAAUAUUAUUAACAGUAAACUACAAGGUUUAAAUGAUACUUAUUUCUACGUCGAUUCUACAAAUGGUAAUGCAGUGUUAAUGAAUUCAGCAGAUGCAGAGAAUGGAGAAACUCUUAAAAUGUCCUCGAAUAUUAAGAAAGUUAAAUUGAGGAUGAGUAAUGAUGCAAUUGAGAUUACCGCCAGAAAAGUUGCCUCUGUAAGUGGUGAUGCUAGAAGAGCCCUUAAAGUUUGUAAAAGAGCAGCAGAAAUUGCGGAGGUAGCCUACAUGGCGAAACACGGCUUCAAAUAUGACGGUUCGCUUGUUAAAGCUGACUCUGACGAUGACAAUGACGACAACUUUGCUGAUGAUAAAGACGUGAUCGCAUUAAGGAAACUGAAAGGCGUUGACAAUGGAGUCAGCAACAACGAAGAAGAGGACGACUCCGUUCAAACCGUUCACAUUUCUCAUAUCAUGAAAGCUUUGAACGAAAUAGUAAACACAUAUAAUGUAGAAUACAUCAGAAAACUGCCUUUUUCGGCCAGGCUAUUUCUUUACGCUUUCUUAAGUUUAAUAAGAAAGACUACCUUCCAAGAACAAGAAAUAGGCAGUAUUGUAGAUGAGAUAAAACUCCUUGCUGACGUGAAUGGCAACAAUAAGUACAUUUCGGCUGUCAAGAACACAUUGUAUCAAAGAGAAAAUGACAGGCCGGACAACAAUGGUGACAACAGUAACUCUUCGACAGGUCAGAUCAGAAUCUUAUCUUGGAAUUACAUUAUCAACAAUUUGAUAGAAGCAGGUGUAAUGAGCAAGCAGACAAUGAGGCAUGAAAGACUUUCCACAUUAAAACUGAACAUCUCCAUCGAAGAUAUCAAGAAGGCACUAGACUUUGAUGAAACUUUAAAGAAUUUGUAA